ACUCUCGUCUAAACCAAUGAAAUGGUUUGGAAUGUCUCUGUUGAUAGUUCUUACUUAUUUUAUUUACCACUACUUGUAAAAUGUCCGGUGCGAUGUAUAUUUUAACCCUUUUUAUACCUUAUUAAUUAUCUCGAUAACUAUUAUAAUAUUUUUAUAUCUGCUAUUGUGUUAGAAAUAAUCAACUAGUUUUAUUGUUAAAGAUUUAAUUCUAGUGUUGUGGUUUUUGUAGAAGUGUACUACUCGGUAACGGAAUUUGUUGAUUGAUGCCGUGGCCAUUCCUGUUUUGUUAAUUUAUUAUUACAAUUAGCAAGAUUAUCUGCAGCCUUCCUAAUUAAUAAUUAUCCAUAUUGUAACGCUUAUCAAAAUGGAUCCAAAGAAUAAAAUUAUAGGAAACGGCGAAAAUGAUGUAGAGUCUAAAACCGUUUCUGUUCCUCCCCAGAGUCCUAUUAAUAAGAACAAAAUGACGGCAGGAGCAAUUACAAAUUCAAGAAAAGAGAAGAGACAGUCCAGAUUCAACAUUCCCAAAAACCAAGAGUUGGAUGUUUUGCCGCCGUUAAAAGAUGCACCACCAGACCAAAGGGAAGAACUUUUCAUACAAAAGCUUAGGCAGUGUUGUGUUUUAUUUGAUUUCGCAUCCGAUCCACUUUCGGAUUUGAAGUGGAAAGAAGUUAAAAGGACCGCUCUCCAUGAAAUGGUAGAAUAUGUCACUACACAAAAGGGUGUAAUAUCUGACAACGUGUACGGAGAAGCUGUAAAUAUGUUUGCUGUCAACCUCUUUCGGACUCUUCCCCCAUCUUCGAACCCCAAUGGUGCCGAAUUUGAUCCCGAAGAAGAUGAACCAACGCUCGAGGCUGCCUGGCCCCACUUACAACUCGUUUAUGAACUCUUUCUUAGGGUACUCGAAGCACCUGACUUUCAACCAAAUCUUGCAAAACGAUAUAUAGACCAAAAAUUUGUAUUACAAUUAUUAGAUCUGUUCGAUUCGGAAGAUCCGAGGGAGAGAGAUUUACUCAAGACUACACUACAUAGAAUAUAUGGCAAAUUUUUGGGCCUUAGAGCUUUUAUUCGAAAGCAAAUAAGCAACGUGUUUUAUAGGUUUAUUUAUGAAACCGAACAUCACAACGGCAUAGCCGAGUUAUUAGAAAUUCUGGGAUCUAUCAUAAAUGGAUUUGCGUUGCCAUUAAAAGAUGAACAUAAGCUAUUUUUAUUGAGAGCAUUAAUGCCUUUACAUAAAGUAAAAAGCCUCUCGGUAUACCAUGCUCAACUGGCCUACUGCGUAGUUCAGUUUUUAGAGAAGGAUGCGUCUCUCACUCAAUCGGUAAUCCAAAGUUUGUUGAAGUAUUGGCCAAAGACCCACAGUCCGAAGGAAGUGAUGUUCCUUAAUGAACUUGAAGAGAUACUGGAUGUUAUAGAACCAGCAGAAUUCCAAAAAGUGAUGGUACCUUUGUUUCGACAGUUAUCAAAAUGUGUCAGCUCUCCACACUUUCAAGUGGCAGAACGUGCGUUAUAUUACUGGAAUAACGAAUAUGUGAUGUCUUUGGUAUCAGAGAAUGUUGUAAAGAUUCUACCUAUAAUGUUUCCAAGUUUGUACAGAAAUUCUAAGACUCAUUGGAACAAGACUAUUCACGGGCUUAUUUAUAACGCUUUGAAGCUGUUCAUGGAAAUGGAUCAGAAAUUAUUUGAUGAUUGCACUCAACAGUAUCGGCAAGAAAGACAAAAAGAAAAAGAAAGAGAGCAUCAACGUCAAGAACUUUGGAAUAAAGUAGAAGUACUGGCAUCAAGAAAACCCGAAUAUGACAGUGUGUCAAGAAACUAUAAUUUGAUUAACAGCAUAUUAACUAGCCCUGAAAAUGAUGAAGACCUAAAUAUUAAUAACUUGAAAGAUGAAGAUCCAGAAAGUAAAAAACAGCGUAAUAUGAACAAACCCUUAAUCCGUCGUAAAUCGGAACUGCCCCAAGAUACGUACACGAUGAACGCAUUGUCGGAUCACAAGAGGGUCGAUGAGUAUUUAGUAACACCUCCAGAUGUCAACAAAUGCUAGUCUCACUUCACGCUCCCCUUACUUUAGUGAGAAUUGUGCCAAUUGACGGAGCAAAUCAAGAUGUCGGUAUGUCAACUGCCGUGGCAAUCAGUAACCGAACGAGUCACCGUGCUUAUCACUGUAUAAUAUUUAUUUUGUUAGAAAAUGUUAUUUUUUUAUGAUUUUAGUAGUUAUUUAUGUAUAUGAUUUAUACGUCAAUGUUAACAUCUCGAGUUAGGAUUCCACAGAAUUAUAAUUCAUAUGCCAUCUUUAUCUAACACUCUUUUUUAUAUUUGUAUAUAUUUAAAUGAAGUUUCAAAGAUGAAACAGCUCAACUUUCACCACUUAAUCACAUAUUCAACAAAAUCAAAAUUUUUCUCACCCCUGACCAGCAUUAUUUUUUUGACUAUAUUGCAAAGUGCAUUACUGUACAUCGGAUCAUUCAGCAGCCUGUCAAAUUAAGAAAUGUAAGUUAUUGAUAUGUAAUUUUCAAAUAUAAAUCUUUAUAUACUUUUAUUUUCUUUAUACAAUGCUUUUAAAUAAACUAUAUUGUAUUAACUGUCGAUAGAUAGAUGGUGGUAUUUCUGUGGAUAUUUCUUUUUGAAUUACUGACUGGGUCAGAGUAGGGCAGGUUAAUAUUUUUUUAAGUGUCAUAAGUAGAUUUGACUUCGGUAGUCAGAAUUUGUAAAUGGUCAAAUUUUGUCUAUAAAGAUAUAAAUGUAUUGAAAAUGUUACAUAUUUUUGUAGAAUAUAUAUAUUUUAAUUUAAACUUUAUUUUUAUUGACUUAUUUAUCCUUAAUAACAGUAUAAAUAAUAUUGUAUAUUUGUUCAACCGUUCACCUUUCUCAUUAUAAUAAAUUGCUAUAAGAAAGAGAAGGUUCGUUGAAAAUUAGAUUAAAGCGUAUACAAAAAGAUAAAUUCGUAAACUAUUUGUAUUUGUAUAUUUUUGAAUGUUUUCACUUGAUUUUUUUUGUUAAGAAAUGUAAAAUCGUUUAAAUACAUGCUCGGUAAACGUUAUAAUAAAUUAUAAGAAUCA